CUCCCGCCCUCCACCCGGGGUGGGGGCGUGGAGCGCGGGAGGGCGGGCUUCUCCGCCGGCUUCGCAGCACCCGGAGCGCGCUGGCCUCCUGAACAGGGCGCGGAGCGCGCAGCCCCGAGCCGGCAGCCGGCUGUUGCCUGCCCUGGUGUCCUGGGCGGCUGUCGGGUUCCUGGAGAGCGCGUCCAGCCAUGGAGCCUUUGCACAAAGACGCCGAGACGGCGGCGGCGGCGGCGGCUGUGGCAGCGGCUGAUCCCCGGGGGGCGUCGUCGUCCAGCGGGGUGGUCGUGCAGGUUCGCGAGAAGAAGGGCCCCUUGCGCGCCGCCAUCCCCUACAUGCCCUUCCCGGUGGCUGUCAUCUGUCUCUUCCUCAACACUUUCGUGCCGGGAUUGGGUACCUUCGUCUCGGCCUUCACUGUGCUGUGUGGGGCCCGCACUGACCUCCCAGACAGGCACGUGUGCUGCGUCUUCUGGCUGAAUAUCGCUGCGGCCCUAAUUCAGGUGCUCACGGCCAUCGUCAUGGUGGGCUGGAUCAUGAGCAUCUUCUGGGGCAUGGACAUGGUCAUCCUUGCCAUCUCCCAAGGGUACAAGGAUCAGGGUAUCCCACAGCAGCUGUGAGCCUCCAGAACCUGCCAGGGAAGUCCAGGGUCCUGUGAGGGCUGCACCAGCUGACUCCGGGCACAAGGACCUUCGCAUGUUCUCUCCUGCCACCUCUCAGAUUGGGGUAGAAAGGGAGUAUUUCAAAACAUAUUAUUUAUUUCGAGAAACACACCUGCUUUUCUCAGCAGGCUCUGAAGCCAACUUCUCCCUCUGUUCCAGAGGGCACAGGAAGAACAGGGCCAGAACUUCAGGACUAGGCUAGAGGCAGGAAACUGAUCAAGCACCAGGGACGCUGGGCACGCCACUCCAACUGCCCACUCCCCCAGGCCUGCCAGGAUGGGCUGCUGUAGACCUCGUGCAGGUGAUUGGGCACUCUUCCAGGCAUUAGGACUGCAUGGGACACUUCCCCCGGGCCCUCACCCCCUCGCUCAGCCAUGUGGCUCCCUGUAUCUGCUCUGUGGUCUCCUGGGGGCAGUAUCAGGGUGGAGGUUGCAAGGUAGCCAGGUGGUAGCCCAGUGUAGAAAGGUCCUUGGGUCUCCACAGGUGUCUGAUGAUACCCCAGCCUUUUAGUGGCUCUGUGUGUGUGUGUGUGUGUGUGUGUGUGUGUGUGUGAGAGAGAGAGAGAGAGAGAGAGAGAGAGAGAGAGAGAGAGAGAGAGAGAGAGAGAGAGACCUUUGCUUCCCAGAGGCAAGGUUGGCACCGGCUCCACCUCUGGGAUGGUAUUGCUAGAAUUCCAGAUGUUUAUAAGCAAAAUGACCAGACUGAGUUGUGAGCGGCUGCAGACCAACAGCCUUCUCGGAUGUAUUUACUAUUGUUUCUGGUCCCCUCUCCUUCUGACAUCCCCGUGUUUCCGAAUCCAGAUGGUCCGGUUUUAGGAAGGUGACAGCAUCCAUUCAUUGCUAUUUCCUAACACCCGAGCUGAGUCUGGGCUGCCCACCCACUGCCAAGCAUGCGGCUGUCUCUAGAGAGUCCCGUGAAUAGUCAGACGGCUUGGGACCCAUGAAAUGUAAAUAGCCUCGCCCGCCCGUUCAGGUCUCCCGAGCAAGUCCUGGGGGGGACAUCGGAGACUCGCCUGCGUUUGAAGUGUGAGAAGAGCAACAUCGUGAGGUUGAGGACUUCGACCUGGAAUUCGUACGUGGGGCAAGAGGAUGCAUUGUGAGGCUGGAGUUGGUGUCACGACCUGUGGCCUUGGUGGCCCUUUAAGCGGCAAACCUGGGAGUGAUGUACCAGUACAGAGCUAGAUCGUUAGCAGGGGAGAGACCCACAGAAGGUUUGCGGGCACCAGUCUGGUGAAGAGAAAGGCGACCCGAAGUGACAGCGAUGGUGUGGCUGUUCCCAUCUCCCCUCAUCCUCGUCCUGACGUAGGAAGUGCUAACAUGUGGGACAGGCCCAGAGCUCAGUUCCCAGCCGCGCUGGCCGUGAGCCAUCAGUGGGUCCCUCUUGGAGAACCUCUCCUUAUCUAACAGAGGCUCUCUGUCACUGCAUGGCCAGGGCUAAAGAAAGGAGCUGUCCGCCCACUGCCUUGGUGGAUGGAGGCCUUUGGGAAGCAGCUCCCAUGGCUCUGGGGUUCCAGCCCCCUACCAGGCUUCUUAAUCGCCGUCUUUGGGAGCAGACCCCCAAACUGGACGGCCCCUGACGUCAUCGUGAAGACAUGUAGUCCUGUGACUACUCCCUGCGGCUCUGACUCUGGACUAGUUCGCCUGUCCUACCCUGUGUCUACCCAGUAGUUUCUUCCAGGGCCGUGUGGGAUCAAGUUGCACCCUCACACACCUGCCAGGGUCCUGUAUCUUCCUGCGUUUCCGUCUGCUGCUUCUGUGUGUCUACAGCCCCUGGGUUGGGACACCACUCUGGCAGACCACUGCCCUCGAGGAAGCUACAUCAGGUACCAAAGCUGUACCAGACAGCCACGGCACAGGGAUGGGUCAAUGUGCCCUCCUAUGCUGCCAUCCCAUAGCCCUUUGCUCCACAUAGCCAGUGAUGACAGGCCUUGGCAAGGGCAGCCCCCAGAGUGAGGGGACGUCUAUGUGCCUGGCUUGGGCUGGGGGUGGCUCCCGGGGGAGUUAAAAGGAGACGGCAAUUUGUGUUGCUUGUUUCGUGACGUGAGCCAGACUCGAGUGGGACUUUUCUGAGUGACAAGUGUCACCAUGAGUUCCAGUGUGGGAUGAUUUAAUACAGGGGUUUGUGAGCUUGGAAAGCUGUCUCCCUGGCACCCCCCCCCCAACUCCAGGCAGCCGAUGUGGGUAGACUUAGGAGCCCCCCAGAAUAGUGAGUCUGAGGGUUACCAUUAGCUACAAACAGCAGCCUCCGGGUGAGGCACAGCUUUAGAAUAAUUCUGAGAUGAUGGACAGUGAAUAAAUUGCUCCACAUAGUCCAGCCUGGCCCUUGGAUCUAGGUGACCAGAGUUCAUUUACUAAACACCAGCCAUCUAGAAAGCAGGGCCAUCAAGCCAGAAAGUGCUUCGUGGCUACAGGGCCCUUCAAUGACAAGCUGCCUGGACGGCAUAGCUCAGGGCCACUGUCCCAACCUUGGAAAAGAAUUCAGAAGAAUAUUCUCUGGCUAUGAGUGCCAGGAGCAGAGACCAAAGGUGCACAGAGAGCAUCCUGGUGAACGAGACACUGCUGGGAACUGACGUGGCAUCGUGGUCAGAGUGGCCAUUUUCCCACCACAGUGGGACCCUGGAGCAACAGCGAGGUGCUGGGUAGCCCGAGCGCCCUGGUUUCCUUUCUGUCGCCAUGAUAAAAUAUACUGACAAGAGAGCCGCAGGCGGGAGGAAGAGGCUUUUGUUUUUGUUUGCGUUUUUGCUUCUUCUAAUCCAGGUAACAUAGCGGAGGAGUCUUGAUGUGGGAACUCAAGCUGCUGGUUGUACAUCCGAAGUCAGGAGCAGAGACACGAAUGCGUCCAUGCUGUUUGCUCUUUGGCCCCUCAGCUAGUUUUAUGUACACUUACAAGUCCAGGACCGUGAAACGGUGCUGCCCACAAUCAGGGUGGACCGCUAAUGUCAAUGCACAAUUGUUCAAUUAACAAUUAAGAUAAUCCUCCACAGACAUGCCCACCGGCCAAUCUGAUCUAAACAAUUCCUCAUUAAGACAUUCCCCAUGUGGUUCUAGGUUUUGCCGAGCUAAAACUAAGCAGCAGGAUGUAGUGUAUUGUGGAGACCACUGGGGACCCUGGACCGUGGCCAGGGGUCCUGUGGAUUGUGGACUGUGGCCACAGUGGCAUCACCCACCCCCAGCCUCAGACUGACCAAGCUGCUGCCCCGGUUCAAGUCUCCAGCUGCCCUGGAGAGACGAGAAGGGAGUAACAAGAACAUGGUCUGCUCCCUGCCUCCAGGCCCCAGACCUGUGUCCAGUCCCAGAGCACAGCCCCCCAGAAGGCCUGGCCCAGGUGUUGCCCAGAGCAGUUCAUCUCCUGGGUUCUGUGAACAGCCUGUAGAGAGGAGGUUAGUUAAACUUUCCCAUGGAGAGUGGAGGCAUCUCCCCCAGACACCGCCCCCCAGGAGUCACAGGGAGGGAGAGUGAACCUCUUCAGAUGGAUGGGGCAGUGUUUUCCCCCCUGUCUUCCUGGAGCCUCGACCUCAUCUGCCCUCAAAGCCAUGCCCCCUGGCUUCUGCGGGCCCCCGAUGGAGGGUGGGAGCAGAUGGCAGCAGGAGACAGUUGGUGCUGAGAGCUGCCUGGCUUAUGGGAUCCAGUUCCUGCAUUCCCUCACAGGACCAGGCUGCACGGAUGCAUGACAAAAUCGGGGGGUGCAGGAUGCUGGGGGCUGGGGAGCAGAGAGGAGAGCUCAGCUAAAGGAGACCCAGCAUGUCCCCCAAACAGAAAAGGAUCAAGAAGUGCAGAAGAAAAGCCAUCUAUACAUCUCAAACCCUGAGUCUAAGGCCAGCAUACGGUGGCUGAAACCCCAAGACCAAAAAAAUCCCCCCCCCAAAGGUCUAAGGUUUCUGAAGGGGAAAGUGAUCCUUUUUCCUUAAGAUGCAAAACACAGCUGUCUUUCUCUUUAGCUGGUCUCUUCCCAGCUGGGUGGGUGGCCACCUUAACACAUGCCUCCAGUUCACAUGCUGUGGGAGUGGGCCACCCAGUCCUUAGUGAUGUGCGUCCUUCUUAAGGACCCGCAUGAAGAAAGCUGGGGCCACGUACAGCAUGUCAGGGAUGCAGAAAUGUAGUGCUCUGUUAGUGGUCGCGCUCUGGCAGGUCUUUCUCACACCCCCUGGAUCAUGUUCUAACUCCACUAUAGGAGUCUGAGGGGAGUUUUGGGAACCCCCCAGCCUCCCUAGGCAUGGCUUCCCAGAGGCUGGCCUCCCCUGUGGUUUGGGAGGCUUCGGGCUUAGCUUCUCUGUAGACACUGCCAUCACAUACUCCAGGGCAGAAGUGUGCCCAGUGCAGACCAAGGUUUCCCCCUAGUGGAGGCAGGAAGCCAGGACACCAUCUGUGGGCCGGGGGUGGGGUCCACUGGCCCAGCUGUGGGGUUCUGCAGUUAGCAAAUGUUCCUUCAGUGCUAAAAGUGCUCAGGUCCUGAGCUCAGACGAAAGAGGCCCUUCGCUCCACGUCCCUGCAGUGCUCAGCUUCCAGCAGGGACAGCAAGGCUGGGGAGACCCUUUCUUCAAGGCCCAGCUGCUCUGUAUCCUUCCAGAGAGUUCUGUGCCUAGGUUGUCGGGGACAUGGAGGUCAUCUUGGGUAGUGGCAGGGACAUAGGGUUGUGAAUAGGUCAGCUGAGUGGUGAGGGGAGGCUCAGGGCCUACAGUCUUCCUCCUCUUCCUGUCGGCUUUCGAAAGCUUCUGAAUGUCACUGGCUUCACAGAGGCAGGGGAUGAUUCCACUCAGAGCACGACCCAGCCUCCAUCCCAUGAUGUACCAUGACAGACUGAAUCCCAACCAUGAUGGUCCCGAGUACCCUUCACGUCUUGGGGUGACUAUGGUCUAUCGUCACCCAUGUCCCUCUAUCUGCCUUGUUCUCUACAGUAUAGGAAUAAAGCCAGCCCUUCAUUUUCCCAGUCCUGCCAAAGCCAAGGGUUUAGAGAACCCAGGCCCACCCAGGCAGGGGAGGCAUGUUGACCUUCCUACGCACAAAGGCUGGCAGCCCCAGAGCAGGGAGAGCCCAGAUUCUUCUUGGCAAAACAAACACUAGUCCAACAUGCCGCAACCUCCCUCCCCCCAGGGCAAGUAACCUUUCCUGGGGAAACACAGGUAGGUUACCAAAGGUCUAAAGAAAGGAUACCACCAAAGUGAAGCCUGGGACCCAGUGAGUUUAUGGGGUUACUUACAGGAGCAUGGGGGACUCUUGGUAAGCUAAGUCACCGAAAAGCCCCACCCCAGCAUGGGUGACAACUCAGGAAAGCUGUAUCAUUGCUGUCCUCACCCCAGUCAGCCGCCCCUCACCCCCAACUCCACCCCCUACGCACACCGGGUUCCUCUCUCUUCUGGGCUCCAUGUCCCCACGGGCCCCAAAUCCAGAUGCCCUGAAGUCCCGGGGCUGCAGGGUGGGCUGAUGUGGGAGAGGUGAGACGAGGUGGUGACCACUUCCUGAGGCUUUUCUGGGACUUCAGACAGGAUUUUCAUUUUCUGAAUUUCUCCUACGCUGCCUGCCCCGGCCCAGGAGCCAGCGAGGAGCAGAGGAGGAGGAGGGAAGAUCUGAGCCGAGAGUGAUGAUAGGCUUGUGACAAACUUUCUCUGCAGGCUUUUGUGGGGCUGUGGCUGGCUGCCUCACAGGCACAGUUGGAUACCGUGGCACAGGCUGCUGUUUUGGUUCCAAUGACACAUAAAAGGGAGACCCUGGCUCGGUUGCUGAAUUAUGACAAGUGCCGGGUUGUGAAUUACUGUUUUGGUGUCGCCGUUGGCUUCGUUCGGGUCUCUUGUCUCUGUUAAAUUAACCGCUGUACAUUUUCCGUGUUCUCCGACGAUAUCCAGGGCUUUCUUCUCUCACGCCUACUCACAGGGAGCCGGCCCACACGCCUCGCUCCAGCCAGUGUGUGUGUGUGUGGGGGGUAUUGCCAGCCCAUUCCAAAGAUCGGAGACUACUUGGAAUAUCUCAGUCCUAGGGAAGAGUCUAGACUUGCCUGGCUGAAACUGGGGCCCAGGUCUGACUUUGGCUAAAUUUCCCCAGUGUUCUCAGGCUUGACCCCUCUCCCUCCAGUCUCGGCCUGGGGUCCACAAGGUCCCACAAGAGCUGAGCUCCUGCUUCUCCAGCUUCCCACCGGCUUUGAACCCCUUCCUUCCAGCAAAGCUACUGUCCCUGUGAUGGAGAACCACCCACAACAACAAAGUCCGUGUACAUACCUCCAUAUACAUAUGUGUACAGACACACGAGAUCCUGUUAUACAUAUACAGAGCAUGGCAUUUCUUUGGCAUUCUAAUUUGUGUUUUGCUUUUGUUGGUUUUUUUUUUUUUUUAAAUUCUUGGAAAUACGGUUUUGGAAAUCUUUUUUUUCCUCUUUUCUAUGUAAUAAACAUUCAUGUGACCUUUCUGGUGGCUUCUCAA